CCGCUGCGGCUCCACAGCUCCAACAAGCCGGGGGAGAGGCGAAGGAAGCGGAGGAACCUCAACGAUGGAGCAUUUCUAGAGGAUAACGACGAACUCCCCCGUCGAUGAAAAACCUUAAGAGUCAUCUACAUGACCAAAGACGGAAGACCAGCAACAAGAAACGCAAGCGUAACAAUCAUGCAAUUUAAAUACAGACGAAUCUGAGCAGCCGUUUCUUCAAGGUUACGCCGCUUGAAGACACCCCGCAUCCCUUGUCGCAGAUCAGCUGGUAGGUUGAUCGUCAUCCUCCCCCAGCCGGUCCUGACCAUGUCUGUAGUGGAGGAGCAGGGAUACCCCGACGCCAUGCCGGAGUGGAUGAGGGCCGAGCUCGAGCGUCUGUCCCGGGAGCUGAGCGAGACCACAAACGAGAAGAUCCAGGCGGCGGAGUACGGGCUGGCGGUGCUGGAGGAGAAGCAGCAGCUCAAACAGCAGUACGAUGACCUGGAGAUGGAGUAUGAGGCCGUCAGACAGGAGCUGGACCAGCUGAAAGAGGCCUUUGGACAAGCCUACUCCAACCACAGGAAGGUGGCAGCGGAUGGGGAGAGCCGUGAAGAGUCUCUUAUCCAGGAAUCAGCUUGUAAAGAGGCCUACUAUGAGCAGAGGGUCCUCGAGCUGCAGAAUGAGCUCCGCCAGACACGCAACAUCCUUACCAACACCCAGUCUGAGAAUGAACGCCUGAAUACCAUCACACAAGAUAUCAGAGAGAACAGCCAGAUGGUGGAGCUCCAGAGGAAUCAGCUGCGCGAUGACAUCAAGGAGUACAAGUUCAGGGAGGCUCGACUGCUGCAGGACUACACCGAGCUGGAGGAAGAGAAUAUUUCUCUCCAGAAGCAGGUCUCCGUGCUCAAACAAAGCCAGGUGGAGUUUGAGGGUUUGAAGCACGAGAUCCGUCGUCUGGAGGAAGACACUCAGUUCCUUAACAGCCAACUGGAGGAUGCCAUCCGUCUGAAAGAGAUUGCUGAGCGUCAGCUGGGGGAGGCCCUGGAGACCAUCAAGACAGAGCGUGAGCUGAAGGCUUCCCUGAGGAAAGAGCUUUCCCACUACAUGAGCAUUGGAGACACCUUGUACCACAGCCCUCUCAGCAUCUCUCUGGACGGUCUGAAGUUCAGCGACGAUGCCGCCACUGAACCUAACAAUGAUGAGGCUCUCCAUGGUUACGAGAACGGCUUCAUCAAACUCGCCAGUGUCAUCGCAGACGAUAACCGUGUGUCCUCACCUAAAAAGGAGGAGCUGUUCCGUCCUGCACCCAGCCUCGUAGACGACCUGCUGAGUGAAUUGAACAUCUCUGAGAUCCAGAAGCUCAAACAACAGCUGAUGCAGAUGGAACGUGAGAAGGUCAACCUGCUGUCCACCCUGCAGGACGCCCAGAAACAACUAGAGCAGGCGAACGGUGCUCUGUCUGAGCACCAGGAGAAGGUCAACCGCCUCACUGAGAAUCUCAAUGCCAUCCGCAAGCUUCAGGCCAGCAAGGAGCGCCAGUCUGCCCUGGACAACGAGAAAGAGCGUGACAGCCAUGAAGACGGAGAUUAUUAUGAGGUGGACAUCAAUGGACCUGAGAUCCUGGAGUGCAAGUACAAGGUUGCAGUGUCUGAGGCAGGGGAACUGAAGGAGGAACUGAAGACUCUGAAAGCAGAAUACCAGACCUGUCAGUCACGCUACGAAGAUGAGCGAAACCGUCUCGAGAAUGAUGUGACAACACUGGGUGAGAAGCUGGCAACUCUGGAGAAAACAAGUCAGGCAGAGAGAGAAGAGAAGACUAAGCUGGAGAAGGAGCUGCGCAAGCUGAGUGACGUAGCAGGUGAGUCCCAGGGUAGUCUGAGUGUGGCCCAGGACGAGUUGGUCACCUUCAGUGAAGAACUGGCCACCCUCUACAACCAUGUCUGCAUGUGCAACAACGAGACCCCCAACCGCGUCAUGCUCGACUUCUACAAAGAGGGUAAAGGUGGUCGAAGCAGCCCAGAGGGACGUGGACGCCGCUCUCCCAUCCUUCUCACCAAGGGCCUCUUCCCUGAUCCCAGUAAGACCGACCUGAGCGACGGAGUACCUUCACCCGUCUCCUCCCUGCCUUCUCCUGUGUCUGACCAUCGCCGCGAGCCCAUGAAUAUCUACAACCUGGUGGCUAUCAUCAGAGACCAGAUCAAGCACCUGCAGCUGGCUGUGGACCGCACCACAGAGCUGUCACGCCAGAGAGUGGCCUCUCUGGAGCUUGGCACCGUCGCCGACAAAGACAAGGAAGCCUGCAUGGAGGAGAUCCUCAAACUGAAAUCCCUGCUCAGCACCAAGAGGGAACAGAUUGCUACUCUAAGAACCGUCCUUAAGGCCAACAAGCAGACAGCUGAAGUGGCUCUGGCCAACCUGAAGAGCAAAUAUGAGAACGAAAAGGCCAUGGUGACAGAGACCAUGAUGAAACUGAGGAACGAGCUCAAAGCCCUCAAAGAAGACGCCGCCACCUUUUCCUCACUCCGAGCCAUGUUCGCCACACGUUGUGAUGAGUAUGUGACCCAGCUGGAUGAGAUGCAGAGGCAGCUGGCUGCAGCAGAGGAUGAGAAGAAGACCCUCAACUCCCUGCUGCGCAUGGCCAUCCAGCAGAAACUGGCCCUGACGCAGCGUCUCGAGGACCUGGAGUUCGACCACGAGCAGACGCGCCGUGGAGGCAACACAGGCAGAGCUAAGACCCGCAGCAAGGCCGCCAACGCUGCCACCAGCAACCCCCACGUAAGUCAGAGUCUCACCUGCUCUGGCUCCGGCCGACCUGAGCACAACAACGCUAUGCCCAAUGGCAUUAUGGGAGGCCCGGUGGUCUUUUGCAGCGAGAAGUACAAGAUCUACUGCGACUGAGGCGGCUGGGAUGUCCGCAAAGGACUGCUGUGUACAGAGGGGAGGGGUCCCACGGGCCACACCCUCCCUGCCUUAGUGUUCAAAGAGCCCCACUCGCUCGCUUAGCUCCCUGGCCAGCCUGCGCUUCUCUAGGGACUGCUGUGACUAACCAGCUGCUUGUGUCUGCUAGUGUAAACGCUUAGGGGAAUGCAGAUGUAUGUACAGUGUGCACUAGACGUUUGGACUGUAGUAGACAUAUAUGGCAUGUGGAUCGUAGGACCCCGGUUAUAUUUGGGGUUUUGUGGAUAUUAUGGAGUGUCUAUUCUUUCCGCUGUCAUGGUGCUGUACGUAUGACGUAAAAGGUGGCAGCUUUCGUGCUUGUUUGUUCUGAUCCCCUGAGUGUGUUGCCUGGUAACAAUAACACAUUGUUGGGAUGGGGACUCGUAUAGAGGAUGUCCAACUGAGGGUUUUGUGACUAAAUAAGACAUCCUCUGUUCUUCAGCUCGUCUGUUGGCAUUGGUGCUCCUUUAAGAAAAAGCCCCCGUCUCCCCCCUGUACCCCAGGACUGACCUGUGUCCAGCAGCCCACUGAAUAAUCAGGUCACUCGUAAAUGUUUACAAGAAAAUAAAGGAACAAAAAUAUGCAAUCUCCUCCAGCAUUCUUGCUCGGGGAGCAGAAAAUGAUUUUAUACAGAAAUUCAAAAACUCAUAAGUGGGUUUGCUGAUGGUUUUGUGAUGGAAUUGGUUGGGCAGAAAAGGAGCACCUGUGACCACAGGUGUUUAUUUCAGGAUCAUUUGGAAGCUGUGAUGCUAGUACACCAAUACAAUAGGGUCUGUAGAAUCGCAUGGCUUUGCAGCUGAAAUGCUUAUGAGCUUUUUAACUGUUUUUCUGUUGUCAGGAGUGUAGUACAAGAUAAACACAUGUACUACAGGGCUCUACAUUGUAAAAAAAGGGGUUAUUUGGUGUCUGGUGAAAUACAGGAGGGCUAUUCCAUGUGACCCAUUAUGUUGCGAUGGAUUUCUUUCAGAGCCAUAUAAUGAGAGAAAGUAAGUCUGACAAAUCGAAUUUCACAUCCAAAUUAAGUGCACUUCAGCAUAGGUGCCUCAGGUUCCUACUUCCGUUAAAAUGGAUCUAACGAUUACUGUGAACAGAGAUACAAUAUAGUUUUGAUCUAAAGAUGAUUUUUUUUUUUAAAAAGUGAAGCAAAUCUUAGAAGAGCACAAAUCAAAAAGGCACCCACAUCUGGAUGAAUAAAUCUACAAACAAAACCAACUGACAUCACUCGGCAAAGUGCCUGUCACCCCCAAACACUUGAUAUAUUUACCCGCGUGUCGAUGUAAAGCCCUGUCCUUGUGUCUCCACUCAAGCUAACACAUUUCUCUUCUUUCUUUCUUUCCUCCCUAUUUCUCCUGUCCUCUAUUUUUGGAAGAUUACUCUGAGCUCUCGCAGAAUUUCUGUGCAGUUAUAUGGCUAAAAACCUUUUCCUCAUGUCUCUAAUUCAUGUCUUGUUCCUCGGUCGCUGUACAACGACUUUCUCUCUUUUAGAUUGUCAGCAGCUUGCUCCCCCAGCAUCACCACUCACCCUUUAACUAGAAUGAGGAAAUGUGGGGAAAAUUGCCCUCUGAAUAUAUUUGUCAGGUAAUGUCCUCACAUACGAUGUGUUCUCCGAUACUUGCCUGUGUGUACAUCAGCAUUUGAAGUGAAUGGCCCUCAUGUGUGUAUUCUGUUUUGAACCUUUGCAAAUGGAGGGUCAUUCAUUUCUUUUUAUUUGUGUGUGGUGUGUGAGGACAAAGCGAUGUACUGUUUUAGUAUCCACAAAAGCUUUAACCCCUUGCAAGCUAGCAUUACGCAAAUAGAAAAAAAAAUGUGGGGCUUGUGUUUAAUAAAUCCAUGUACUGCUUGUGGAUCAUAGACACAUUAGCUUUAUGAUGCUAAAAGCAGGGUUGAAAUGAGGAUUUCCUGCAAGAUUGAUCAAAUUAUGCUUUUUUCUACUACUACUAAUAAGAACCUAUAUAUUAUACUAUAUAUUCUUAAUAUCAUCAUGUUCAGGUUAUAAUCUUGCAGGAUCCUAUCACAGUAUUCCUUCCUCUCAGAUAUAAAGAGAGAGAAUUAUUACAGUCAACCCUGCUUGAGUGUGCAUCCAUAAGUCACAGCACACAGCAUGGAGACCAGGCUAUCGUACACAUAAGGGAAAAAGAAAAAAAACAGCCUCCGUUUAGGUACAUCACUACAUUUGAGAUUCACCUAACUUGCGAGUACGAUAUAUUCUGUUUCUAUCAGUUUGCGCUGAAGGAGAAGAGGUUUGGGGAGUAGAGGAGGGAGAACUACUCAUGUUAUAAACCAGCUCCUGAGAGAGGAGAUAUGAGAACGCUAGACAUACUGGUGGAGGAAGCCAGAUGUCUGGCUCAGAGCUGAACUCUGAUACUGUGGAGAAAUGAGACCAGGGGUUUCCAGAGGGAGAAACUCCUGGUAAUUUUUGGAGGAAAACAAAAAGACUGGCGGUUCAAUCGACCAGAGGACAUUGAUUCAAAUUAGUCGAGCCCCUUCCCCUUGUACAGGCUCUGUGGAAUCACCGAGCAGUAGAUAGACCCCAGGAUGUGAUUGUUAGUAGGAUUCCCGCUUCCUAAACAGUUUCCACUCCAGCUCCAUCUAAUUUGGAAUCAAUGUCUGGCUUAUACUGGUGUCAUAACUGCAUGCCACCUGAAAAGCUCCUCCUACCUCUGCCUGCAGGCUCCUCCCACUUCACCUUUAUGUUCCUCAACAUGUAUUCUGCAUUCAAGUUUCUGAUUUCUCGUAAGCCUGCAUGACAUGACCCAUUUUUUUCAUUAACUUGCAUGACAUUUGAGAAAAACCCAUCUCCCAUGGCGUAGGUUGUGGGAUGUGGCUUCAACAGUUUGUGGUACUUGUGAGUUAUUGGCUUCCUAACUGCACCUGCUGGUUUUCUAAUAUAUAAAGGAGACUUUGUGGAGAAUGUGCUUUCACUUUACGUCCAGUUCCUCAAAAACCUAUCUCUGGUCUGACAGAAUUGCUCCCAGCCUAACAUCUGCAGCCUCAGGGCUCCUAACUCGGCCUCCGUUGCUUUGACUAACUACAGCCGCCGUUUCCUGUUGUCUGUGUGGGCUGAUGAUGACCAGCUGCUCGCUGUGUUAACAGCCGCUGCGACAUGACAAAGAAUGCCAAUGCUGAUCAUUUGUUUGUUUCUCCAUUUUGCAGUAAUUACAGUAGCUCUGCACGGAUGACGAAGUACCAACACAAGGUCCGUUCUCACUGAUGAUUGAGUUCGCCGAAAAAGAGUUAGCACUGUAGGCCAUUUGGACCCGAAGAUAAGAAAAAAUAAAAAAAGCAAAACACUGAAUUCAAGCCAAAUCAACUGAUCCUCCUUCAUUUAACACCUUGUGGAAUUGUGUCGUAUGUUCUCGUGCUGCUACUGGAAGCCAAUUUCUCACAAGUCCAUUCGACUCAAUCUUCCGAUGUAACCUUCCAAUGGAAAGCCAGGGGUCAUGGGGUCAUUUCUCAAUGUAAGCAACAAGCUGUUUGUCUGAUUUUAUUUUUAUUUUUUAGUUUAUUAUUUUCUUAAUCUGUGCACUUUCAUUAUAUAGGAUUAUAACAGACUAUUAUUAACCUAUAGGAAAACGUGGUAGUACUAUGGUUUGUGAGUUAUUCAGUAUAGGCUGUAAGAUUAUAGGAAAAUGCGUCCUCUCGAAUUGUCUGAAUUUAAGACGUUGGGCUCCACAAACCACAGACCUACUAUUCUGAUUUUAUCCUCAAGAGUUUAUCCAUCAAGUAAUCAUUCUUAAAUUGUUUUGUUACAUCAUAUUUUAUGCUGUUUGUUUUCCUUUAUGUUCGUUCUACUGCCAUAUUCUAUACAAAAAAUCCAGGGUGAUCAAAUUCUGGGGUUUUUUCAUGUAUUUAUUAUUCCUAGGAAUAGUUCAAAAUAACACAAUGAAACUUGACAACGCUCUAAUUCAAAUAGGUAAGUUGUGUUUUGGGAAAAAUUGAGUGAUGUGAUAUACUUUUCCUAGCUUCUUACCGAGGGCGUUCCACUGAAACGGGAUCACUGACUUUCAGAAUUCUCUGCAAAUGCGACAAUUAAAUUCCAAAUUGGAAUUGUUUCAUUCUCUCUUCGUUUAUCGUGCCAAAUCUUGGUACACCGUUUAGGUUGAAAAGAAUUAAGACUCCGAAAGAAAGAAAACAAGCCGAGAAAAAGUGUCGUUCAGGCCAUGGUUCUCCAAUGCGAGCGCUGGGGUUUUGUUUUUGGUUUGUUUAGUUCUUUGUUUCUGACCAGUAGUGCCUUUCAUUGUUUCAAGGGAGAAUUUUAGAAUAGUGUUAUGUUUUCUUGAUUUUUUUUUUUUUCAUAGGUGAGGACUUUGGGUUCAAAAUGACUGUGAGCAGCAAUAAGUGCAAAGGGAAUUCAACCCUUUCUGCAUGAGUGAGAUGAUAGUUUUGAAAUUAGCUCAAUAAAACUGACAUUGUAUUGAAUUCUGCAGGUCAGUGAUCCACUCAAUUAAUUCAGGGGUAUUAAGAAAUGGUUGUUUUUUAUCAAACUUUGGGAACCAAAAGAAAUCCCUUUGGCCUCCUGUUAUUGAACAAAAUGCUCCAAGCAUCUGUAAUGUGUUGGGGUAGAUCAGUGUGUACUAUUGGAAACAUCUACAUAUCUCUAGCUUUGUUUGGUGAAGGUAAUGUGAUAUCAAUAGUAUUGUUGAAAAAUGUGCAGAGCGCGCAUUUUAUAUUUCUUUUUUGUCCAAUUUGAGUUUUGUUUGUUGUUUUCUUUUUUUUUUUAUUCUUGAAUCUUUUUUUUUUUUUUUUUUUACAUCAUUUUUAAGCAUUAUGUUUUCAGUAAACAGAAAACAAAGUAAGCAUCAACAAGCUUGAAUAGUGCCAUUAUAGCCAAUGCUUGUUUGUUGAGGCGUCAAACUUACCAAUAAGGACAAGAAGCUAAAAAUUAAAAGUGCAAUUUAGAUACUGUUUUACAUUUAAAAAAAGAAAAGGUUUUCUGUUUGCUGGAAGCGAUAGCAUUGUGAUAAUAAAUUAGCUGUGCAAACUUUAUAUUGUCAUAUUGUGUUUCAGUAUUGAUCCAUAAUGAAAGUUUGAUAUCUUUAUAUGAAAUAACGACUUCACCUGUAUGUUGGUAUUUAUUUGAAUUGUCAUGCAGUACUGUAUUCUUAUCAAUAAUGUGCAUUAUGAUUAGUGGCAUAUUGAUCCAAGCUAAAUGUCAUAUGCAUGUUUCCCAGUCAUGGGACCUUUACACAGAGUUGAAAACAAACAUGUAAACUUUUGGCAGGGUGUUUAAAAAAAAAAGAAAAAAAAAAGAAAAUGAGUCGAGUUUUGGUCUGAUGUAUUACUGCUGAACUAAUCCUGUAAAAGUGUUUGUUUGUUUUCCAUUAGAGAGGUGGUCUGUCUGUGUAAAGGUAGUCAUACUGGCUAAAAUCAAUAAAUGUGACUUAAGUUCCAA